AUGUCUCGGUUGAAACAUUGCGACGAUGGGCCACCUCCGGAAAGGUUGCCAUUGUCAAAACACCCGGAGGAAAAAGACUCUAUUCAAUUACAGAUGUACACAAAGUCUUUGGAGAUGACCGGCAACCCACAAAGGCCAAGGUUUGUUACGCAACAAGAGUCAGUUCAGAGACGACCUCGAACGACAGAUCUCCGACAACGUUAUCCAGGACACGAAAUUAUCAGUGACAUCGGUUCGCUCAAUUGGAAACGUAGAGGAUUGAAACAAGGGAGUAAGAGUUAUGCUGCUUUAACUGAUAUUGAAAUUUGGUACAGGCCUGCACCGUAG